AUGAAGGGCCCGUGGGCCCAGAGCUCAGGUAAGGGCUACAUGGGCUCCAUGGGCCGGCCAGGAGGCAAAGGUUACGGCUAUGGCGGCUUCGGCGCGGGCUAUGGCGGUGGUGCCGGUGGUUAUGGAGCGGAUGGUGGCAGUUCCGUUUUCACCCAGCCCGGCUACGGUGCUGGUGGUGGCUACGGUGGUGAUAUGUAUGGGGGCUAUGGUGGCUAUGGCCCGGCCGCACAACAAAGUGAAAGAUAUGGUCCGUACUCGACUGGCGGAGCAGCAGGGCCUUCCUGGCAGGAUGGAGCUGGGUAUGGUGCGGAAACGGAGAAAGAUAGGUUAGUUCGCUCGAUCAAAGAUAUCCAGCGCAGCGACCCAGCAGGGAAGGAGCAGUGGGAGCGGUUUGCGGAUGCUACACGGAUGGGCAGCAGAGAUCCCAGCCGGCACCCGGAGGAGCAUCUCCGGAGCUUCCUCGAGGCCAGGCAAGCGGGCAAGGCGCCGGAGCAAAUGGUGUCUCAGCUGGGCAGCACCCGCUUCAUUCGCCUACGAGGUGUGCCAUUUCAGGCCGAGCUCCAUGAGGUGGUGGACUUCUUGUCUGUGUACAGCAUCCCUCAGGAAAAUGUCGUUUUCGGACGCCGUCCUGAUGGUCGCAUCACUGGCGAGGCUUACGUGAUGUUCCGCAGCACGGAGGAGGCUGAGAAUGCGCUGAACUCCCUGCAGAACGGGGAGAUCCAAGGUCGCUACAUCGAGCUCUUCCGCUCCACGGAGGAAGACUUUCAGCGAAUGUCUGGCCUAAAAGCUGCUGCGCCAGCUGCUGCCGACAUGGGCAAGGACUAUUUGGUGAUGAAAAUCAAACAGAUCCAGCGCAGCGGGCAGGAAGCAAAGGAUGCCUGGUACCGAUACUGCGAGAGCACACGUACCGGCAAUCACGAUCCUGCAAGACACACCCCAGAGUCCCUGAAGGCUUUCAUCGAGGCGUAUGAGAGCGGACAAGCCCCCGAGCAAGCCGCGCAGAAGGUGAUUCAGCUGUCGCAUGUUCUGCGACUGAGAGGGGUCCCCUUCCAAGCAAACGUGGAUCAUGUAGUUCAGUUUUUAGCAGACUUUGGCAUCGACAGGUCACGUGUGACGAUGGCACAAGGUGUCGGCGGCCGUCCAACGGGAGAGGCUUACGUGCAGUUCGGAAGUGUGGAAGAAGCCGAGAGGGCACUUGCAACGAAGCAACGCCAGGAGAUCCUCGGCCGUUACAUAGAGCUGUUCCGGUCGUGUCAAGAAGACUUCGACAAGAACGUUCCCGGCAACGUUCCCUACUCCAUGGGAAACAUGCCGGGAGGAGGCUGGAAUCAGACGGCAGUGCCACCGCCCAUGAUGUCAUCUCCGACCCCAUCUCCGCUUCCGCUUACGUCUGGACCGUCUGGAAAGGAGGAGCUCGUUGCGCAAGUCAAGAAGAUCCAGCGCAACCAUGAGGAUGGCAAGAGCAAGUGGGAGGAGUACUGCACGGUGCUUCGCACUGGCAACCGGGACCCUGCCCGGCACACGCCGCAAGCGCUACAGAUGUUCCUGGAGGCCUUUGAAAAAGGAGUGAUGCCGACAGAGCCGAUCUACGGCAAAGUUAUACGUCUGCGUGGGGUACCGUUCCAAAGCGAGCUGUCAGACGUGGUGUCCUUCCUGGCGGAGUACAGCAUCGACGAGAAGAGCAUCGUGAUGGGCCGCGGGGCCGAUGGGAAGAAGACCGGCGAGGCCUAUGUGAUCAUGCCCUCCGUUGAGAUUGCUGAAAAGGCUCUCGAGGAGAAGCAGAAGCAGGAGAUACACGGCCGGUACAUCGAGCUCUUCAGGGCCUCGCUGGACGAUUGGGACGAAUCGAAAGUUCACCACGAAGCCUUCCUCCGCAUGCAUGGCGGCACGGCAGACGCUAUCAACAAGGAAGCGUUGGUCGCGGAGGUGAAGCACAUCCAGCGAUCCAGCGAGGAUGGACGUGCCAAGUGGGAGCAGUUCUGCGACACCCUCCGCACGGCCAACCGUGAUCCGGUGCGGCACACCUCCGACACCUUGCGUGCUUUUGCGCAAGGCUACAAGAACGGCGAGGACUUGGACACUGUCGCCAACAAUUUGGGCAAGGACAGCCCUGUGGUCCGGAUGCGCGGAGUGCCCUUCCAAGCGGGUGUGGAGGACAUUCUCUAUUUCCUGAGCGACUACAGCAUCCGCGAGCACGACAUCACCUUCAUGAAGAGGCCUGACGGCCGGCACAUGGGCGAGGCGAUCGUCGUGUUUCCCAAUGCCCAGCUCGCUCAAAAGGCAUUAGAUGAGAAGCAGCGCCAGGAGAUCCAGGGCCGUUAUAUCGAGCUCUUCAGGUCGAGCCACGGUGAGCUUGAGGAGGCCCGGACGAUGACGCACAUGCCGCCGGCACCGCGCAACGCAGCAAAGGAUGCUGCAGGUUGGACCGGCACCCCGAACGCAGGUUGGGCUCCGGACUGGGGUGCCUGGGGUGAGGUAUCGACCGAUCCCUCCUGGGGGGCCAAGGGAGGUGCCAUGCCCGCAGGUACCGGGUAUAACUGGGCGACCAGCGGCAAAGGACUCUUUGGCGCGUCUGCAGGUGGAGCUGGACCAUACACGAGACAGUGA